AUGGCCAUCAACGCGGACGCGCAGCUGGAGAAGGCGCUGGCCGGCUCUCCGCCGCCGCCCGCCGCCGCCUCCUCUUCCUCUUCCUCGCAGGAGACGGAGCAGCUGCUGCGGAGCGGCCCGUCGCCCCCCAAGCCCUGCCCGGCCGAGGACGGGGCGGCGGCUGCCGUCGGGGCGGCGGCGAUGGAGCUCAACGGGCAUGGCCUGCUCUACCGGGCCGGCUCGGAGGGGCCGCUGGAGGCCACCUCGCUCUCCCCGUCGCGGCUCAGCCUGGGGCGCGCCUCGUCCACCGCCACCACCUCCAACCUGCCCGAAGCCGGCCGCUCUCCGGAUUACCUGCCUCUGGCCAUCUUCUCGUGCUUUUGCCCCAUCUGGCCGGUCAACAUCCUGGCCUUGGUCUUCUCCAUCAUGUCGAGGAACAGCAGCCUCCAAGGGGACGUGGAUGGAGCCCAGCGCCUGGGCCGUGUGGCCAGGUUCCUCAGCAUCCUGUCCAUCGUGCUGGGUUCGGUCAUCAUCGUCAUCUGUGCAGUAAAUGCUGCAGAGAAGGAUUGUCCCAGAGGCGAAGGAGACCCUCAGGAUGAGGUUGGCACCUUCUUAAGAGAUACCAGGGCCCGUCUUUCUGUAUCGUGGACCACGAUGCGAGGGUUUUGUACCGCUUUGACCGCCUCGGUGGAAAAACCAGCCUUUUUCUUCUUAAGGGAGAAGAAGAACUUCUGA